AUGGCACGGAGCUAUCCCUCUGAUUGGCUCUACGCUUCUUACACCGGCAGCACAUGGGGACUUCUGGCCGGGACGGGGCUGCAGAACAUCAUCGGCCGCCUGCAUGACCCUGAUAACCAGUUUCCUUCUCUCUUACUGCUAGUUGGCUCUGGAAAGAAGAGCGCGGCUCGGGCCGCCAUGUUCUCAUGCCUAUCUUCUCCCAGGUCACAUGCACUCGCGGCUAUUGAUGUGGAACAUGGGACUACCAGUCAAAGAUACCCCUUGAUGAUUGCCGAUCUCAAUACGGAGCAGGGUUUCAAAGGGUUCUCGCCCGCGGGUAGAUGCCUCGGGCAAUCGCGGUAUACUAUCAAAUGGAGCAAAAGCUCAGCAACGUUUGCUCAGGAUAUGCUUGACUGCAUCAUUGCUAGACUUCUUAUUACAUUUACAGAUGUUGUAUGCAUAUUUCUAGACGACUUUGACAGUAGCCAUGAAGCAUUCGCAAAGUUGCGGACCUGGUCAGAAGUGAGCAGGGAAACGCUGUGGCAUCCGCAUAUCAUAAUCGUUACUUACAGCCCGCUUGAGCACGCCGUGCCUAGAAAAGCACACUACACCAGCUUGAUCAACCCCACAUACUCUAAACUACUAGAUUCCAUUAUGCUUUGGUCGAAGAAAAUAAGAGACCAACGAGCGCAACAAAAUACGCUCUUCAAUGCCAGACAUAUGGAAGCUUUCUUUGAAGCAGCACUGCAGCAUGUCGCAGAAACAGACAAAACACCAUUUAACUUUGUUAGAUCUAUGCGAACCACCAACAGCCAGAUACAUCUAAGGGAGUUCUUCAAGCUUUGUUCGACUGUUUUCAUCACCAGCGAAGAUGUCCUACUACGAUACGUAGCAUCAGCUCUGCUCCUGGACAGUUCUCCCCCUGGAACGCACCGGGGCCUAAUAGUACUAAUGUUUUAUCUGCGCCGCAAUCUGAAGGAGUGCAUAUCAACGUUUGAUGAACUAGCCAGAGAAGUAUUUCCCGACAGACGAGGUCUUACGGCAUUAGCCAAGAUUCGAAAUUUGAUAGCUUCAUUGCUGACGGACAGUCUCUACGGGGCAAGGGCAAUGGAAACCUGCGUGAAGAAGGCCUAUGGCAAAAACACAGCGUUGUUUGGCCAUCGCAAGGUGUCCGGAACCAAGUUUGCUGUUACCACCAUGACUGUCUUCGAUCCCCGCUUGUGCAUUCUGUCAAACUAUAACGGAGCAAUGGAUAGACGGAAAGAUCAAGGUUGGUCCCUUGGCCCCAAGUUCACAGUCGCUUAUCCAACAGGUUAUUUCCUCUAUCGCCCUGACGUCGGUGAGCAUGAAGUUCUUGUUUGUGAUGCAGCCCGGGCAACUUCAGCUGCACCAUCGUACUUUCCCGCGAAAUUCAUUUCUGGACUGGGAUAUCUCCAAGAUGGAGGCGCUGGGAAGCACAACAAUCCUAUUGACGCUGCGGAGUGGGAAUCGCGAGCCAUCUGGGAUACUAGCCCCGACCUCGCGGUUUCGAUUGGUACGGGCUAUGCGCGCCCGUCUGAGUCUCCCACAACCGUAACUCAGCGACUCAGUCUCAAAGACCGGUUCUUGCUUAGGCUAUUCCGCCUAUUCAACGCCAUCAUGAGUGGAGAAGCAAUCUGGUAUGACCACCAGAAUCGCAUUGACGAAAAUCGGCUGGACCGAUAUUUCAGAAUCAAUAUGCCGUGUGAAGAACAACCAGAAUUGGACGACGUAUCGAAAAUUGCUGAUAUCAAAACAUGGUCAUACGACUUUUUCCAAACUUACGACUUUCGACGUAUCACGAGAGCACUCUUUGCCUCGUCCUUCUUCUUCGAGCUUCGAGGUAAACCAGUGGCGCGCCGUAGUUAUUUCCAGUGCACGGGAGAACUGCGUUGCCGAAGUCCAAACACUGUAGCUCUACUACGAAGAAUUGUGAAGGAGUACCCUGGCUCUUCGUUCGUCUUCUCUGAAGACGACAUCGCUUUGGGGCCCCUAGAGGAAAGCGAUAAUCCAGUUUUUGAGGCCGAGAAAGGACUCCUAUGGACACUAUGCAUCGUGAUGCUGAGCUGCUCUCUCGCCAUCUUCAUCCUAGUCACGGUCACUGCGCUGUGUCACUCUAGAUAA